CGGGUUCUGCGCCGUGAGGGGAGUAAGGACGUCGAGCGCCGCCCUGCCCUCGGACUCCGGCCGCGAGGAAAGCGGGGACUCCGCAGAGCGGCUUCCCCACGCAGCCCCAGAUUUCCGGCCGGUUAGUGCCGGAGGCGCGGCGCCGUCGCCACGCCCCUUGGCUCUGGUUGCAUCACCGCCUGAGGGCGGGACUUCCUCUGGGGUCCCGCCGUUUCCGGUUCCGUCCGGAAGUGGAUGGUUGAUCCUGGCAGUACCGAGCUGUUCGCGCCGCCGCCGGCUGCGGCGAGGCACUCUUCGCGUGUUUUCUCGGUCUGGUCGGCGCUGCUGCUCGCCCGGCACUCCCGCUGAGCUGGCCUCCGCCCUGGGCCGCGCCCCUUCAUGGCGGGCGCCGCUCCGCUCACCGCCUUCGGGCAGGCGGUGAUCGGCCCGCCCGGCUCGGGGAAGACCACGUACUGCCUGGGCAUGAGCCAGUUUCUGCGCGCCCUAGGCCGGCGCGUGGCGGUGGUGAACCUGGACCCAGCCAACGAGGGGCUUCCCUACGAGUGUGCCGUGGAUGUGGGCGAGCUGGUGGGCCUGGGCGACGUGAUGGACGCGUUGCGCCUGGGGCCCAACGGCGGCCUGCUCUACUGCAUGGAAUACCUGGAAGCCAACCUGGACUGGCUGCGUGCCAAGCUCGACCCCCUCCGCGACCACUACUUUCUCUUCGACUGUCCAGGCCAGGUGGAGCUCUGCACUCACCACGGUGCCCUGCGUAGCAUCUUCUCUCAGAUGGCUCAGUGGGACCUCAGGCUCACUGCUGUCCACCUGGUGGAUUCUCACUACUGCACAGACCCAGCCAAGUUCAUCUCGGUACUGUGCACCUCCCUGGCCACCAUGCUGCAUGUGGAGCUACCCCAUGUCAACCUCCUCUCCAAGAUGGACCUCAUUGAGCACUAUGGGAAACUGGCUUUCAACCUGGACUACUAUACUGAGGUCCUGGACCUCUCCUACCUGCUUGAUCAUCUGGCUUCUGACCCUUUCUUCCGCCACUACCGCCAACUCAAUGAGAAACUGGUCCAGCUCAUCGAAGACUAUAGCCUGGUGUCUUUCAUCCCUCUGAACAUCCAGGACAAAGAGAGCAUCCAACGAGUCCUGCAGGCCGUGGAUAAAGCCAAUGGCUACUGUUUUGGCGUCCAGGAGCAGCGAAGCCUGGAGGCCAUGAUGUCUGCUGCAGUGGGAGCUGACUUCCAUUUCUCCUCCACGCUGGGCAUCCAGGAGAAGUACCUGCCCCCCUCAGGCCAGUCGGUGGAACAGGAAGCCAUGCAGCUAUAGUGACCUGCUGGGCCCCGGAGGGUGGCUUGCAUAACCCAGCAUGGGGAAAGGAGGCUCCAGUGAAAAGCAGACAGCUCAGUAGGCCACAGACCCAAGAGGCAGGUCCUCCCAGCCAGAGCCACGAGGCUGGCAAGGGGACACAACUCUGAACAGGACAUGACCCUGAGCAGAUCACCCUCCACACCACCAGCAGUGCCUGGGACUCUGGCCCUGCCACCAGGAAGCUGAGCACUGGCCCCCCUCGGGCUGUCAUGGAGUGUGCUGCAGCACAAGAGCUGGUUUUCUCCUUUUCGUAAUUUGAAAUGUUUCUCAACCCUCCAAGCCCACAGGGUAGGGACACAGCAAGGGAAUGUCACCUUUCAUUGGAAGAGUCCUGUUUCUUCAUGCUGAUCAGUGUCUUCCCCAAAGUACAGGACCCACUGUACCAGAGGGCUGACACGCGGUCCCCACUCGGGUGUUCUCAUUCAUCUUCAGUUUAACAGCAAGCCUCAAGCUUGGGCCUUCACAGGUAGACCUUUUAGGUUUUGUUAUCAUUGUAUUGAUUUCAUGGUUUCCUAUUUUUGACAAGUGACAACUACUUUUCCAUUGAUGGUAGUAAUUAAACACUUUUCUUCAAAAAUGAAA